AUGGAGCCAAAUGGAGCCUCCAGUGCUGCGCCGUCGGCGGGCGACUUGAUCCUGCAGCAAAGGACUCAAGCCGUCCAGAAUGCACAGCAGGCGGCGCAGAAUGGCGACGGCAGUCUUUUUUCCCAAUUGACAAACAAUCCCUUAUUCACAGCAGGCUUCGGGCUAGCAGGGUUGGGUGCCGGAAUGAGCUUCGCGCAAAAGGGUUUCCGCCAUGGUGCGGCUCUGCUUCGCCGUCGCAUGCUAGUCGACGUCGAGAUCAGCAUUAAAGACGACUCAUACCCGUGGUUUCUGCACUGGAUGACCUUGUAUCAACAAUCACAACUCAGUGCGACCCGCGCAGCGGCCAACAACACCAGUUUCAUCGACCGCAUGCUUCAAAAGAUGACCCCGGGCAUGCGACACCUCUCCAUCCAGACCUCCAAGGUCGAACGCUCGAACGGCGCGAUACAGACACAUUUCUCCUUGGUACCGGGCCCUGGCAAGCACGUGCUUCGUUAUAAGAACGCGUUUAUCUUUGUGAAUCGCGUGCGGGAAUCCAAGUCUCGCGACAUUCAGACUGGAAAACCCUGGGAGACGAUUACCUUGACGACGCUCUAUUCUCAUCGCCACAUCUUUGAAGACCUCUUUACCGAAGCCCACGACUACGCCGCGAAAUCACACGAAGGAAAGACCACGAUCUAUAACAGUUGGGGAACUGAAUGGCGGCCAUUCGGACAUCCUCGACGGAAACGCCCGUUGGAGUCUGUGGUUCUCGCCGAGGGAGUCAAGGAACGCAUCGUAGAGGAUGUGCAAGAUUUCAUCGGCAGUGCUUCUUGGUAUCACGAUCGUGGCAUCCCCUACCGACGAGGAUAUCUGCUUUACGGGCCCCCGGGCACGGCGCUUGCUGGCGAGCUGGACUACGACAUUGCUAUCUUGAAUCUCAGUGAGCGCGGAUUGACUGAUGACCGGUUGAAUCACCUCUUGACCAUUGUCCCGAACCGAACACUGGUUCUCCUGGAGGAUGUGGAUGCGGCUUUCUCGAAUCGACGUACGCAGUCUGAUGCCGAUGGCUACCGUGGCGCCAACGUGACGUUCUCCGGUCUGCUCAACACCCUUGACGGUGUCGCCAGUGCCGAAGAGCGUAUCAUCUUCCUCACGACCAACCAUGUCGAGCGACUGGAUGAAGCUCUGGUCCGACCUGGUCGUGUGGACAUGACUGUCCGUCUUGGAGAAAUUACUCGCUACCAGGUUGCCCGCCUUUGGGAUCGAUUUUAUGAAGAAAUCGAUACCGACGGUGCUCACCGCCAGCUGUUCCUCAACCGACUGCAGGAGCUUGGAUUGAUCGAGGAUGAGCAUGGCCACAAGGCCAAUCGCUCCAGGACGACCAGUGCAGCUGCCUUGCAAGGCCUGUUUCUGUAUAACAAAGGCGACAUGGAGGGUGCGAUUGCUAUGGCUGAGGGAUUGAUGUAUUCUGUUCACGAUGAAGCUGCAGCAUGA